ACCUAGUUCGGUCCCCUGGCGUUCCCUGUGGCUUUGCAGUGCUGCCAGGAUGACAAGCGGUAACAGAGGCAGUUUAGCCUAGCCCAAGCAGUCUUCUGCUGCCUAGAACAGAGAUGGGGUGGAGGGGACACAGGGAGAAGCUAGCAGGAGGGAGGGGACCUCCCAGCUGAGCGAUUGGCAGCGUGCGCCCGAGUCCCCACCAUAUCCCGCCCCCGCCCCGCCCCCGCCACCAUCUGCUCGGGAUUUGCGAUCCGGGAGACUCCAGGCUUGGGGGCUCGGGGCUCCGGAGGCAACUGAUCGGGUCUGCUCAGGGCUCUGGAGCUGCCAGAGGAUCCGACACCCUUCCAACCUGCUGCGCCUCCCGAAGCGGCUCCCGGUGUUCCCGCGUCCCAGCCCCCGGCCGGGCGCUGAUGGAACCGCGGCGAUGUUCACUCUGGCCAGGCUGCUGGAUUUCCAGAAAACCAAAUAUGCAAGGUUUAUGAAUGACCGAGUCCCGGCCCACAAGAGGUACCGGCCCACAGAGUAUGAACAUGCAGCAAACUGUGCCACCCAUGCUUUCUGGAUCAUUCCCAGCAUCCUUGGCAGCUCCAACCUCUACUUCCUGUCCGAUGAUGACUGGGAGACCAUAUCUGCCUGGAUCUACGGCCUUGGCCUCUGUGGCCUCUUUGUGGUAUCCACCAUUUUCCACACAGUCUCAUGGAAGAAGAGCCAUCUCAGGAUGGUAGAACACUGCCUACACAUGAUCGACAGGAUGGUGAUUUACUUCUUCAUUGCGGCCUCUUAUGCUCCUUGGCUGAACCUUCGGGAGCUAGGCCCCUGGGCCUCCCACAUGCGCUGGCUGGUCUGGAUCAUGGCCUCCAUUGGUACUGUCUAUGUCUUUUUCUUCCAUGAACGGUACAAGCUUGUGGAGCUGCUUUGCUAUGUGGUGAUGGGUUUCUUCCCUGCCCUGGUCAUCCUCUCCAUGCCCAACACUGACGGCAUCUGGGAGCUGAUGACAGGAGGGGCUUUCUACUGUCUGGGCAUGGUGUUCUUUAAGAGUGAUGGAAGAAUUCCCUUUGCCCAUGCCAUUUGGCACCUCUUUGUGGCAUUUGGUGCUGGUACCCACUACUAUGCCAUCUGGAGGUACCUCUACCUGCCCAGUACACUGCAGACCAAGGUGUCCAAAUGAGUGGCCCAGACUCCAUGGGGUCACUUGGACUUUGGGAUCAAAGCAUCAUGGGAAGUGAAUUGUGCCAAGAUCUGCCUGUCUUUUCCUGGAUGGAAUUCUUCAUGGGUCUAAGGUCCUUUUCAGUGACAGACAGACCAUCAUUUGAAUCUCCAGGAAGGAAGAAAACAUUUAGUCAUUUCCAUGGAGAAGAAAUUAAUUCAGUACUGUGUUUCUACUUUAGACUUUUUUUUUUACUAUAACCAAUAUUAACAUCUUCAGAAAAGGGCCAAAUAGGGAAUGAUCAUCCAAAAGGUAAUUUUUAAGAUUCUGAGGGCCUCCCUUUUUGCUUCAGGGGAAAGUAACUUAGCAUUAUAGAUGACAGAUGGGGAAUAUCCCUGACCAUGGUAGGCAUCACCAAUCAAUUGCAGCAUGCAUGUAGCAGUAGAAUUCAAUAUAGUGUCCCAUGCAGACAUUACUAAUUGAUUCUGUGCUAAUGAUGGAACCUUUUGGCUGGCCUGGUAUGUUAAAAGACAGGAUCACAGCAUAGCUAUUAGAAGUCGCUGUAUGCAGGAGCAUGCUUAUCUCUGGACACCAUUACCUUCUAUUCCCUUCUGUCCAUAUUUGAGGAAGUUCUUGAAGUAGGCUGUUUGGAGGCAGUGCAGGGAGACUAAGGCAUAUAUUCCAAGCAGCUCCUGAUACUCUGCUCUGCCAUGGCUGGCUCUUGGUUCUAAAGGAGCUGAGAACUGGGAUGCUGCUGCUGCUGUUACCUGGCCUUUUUUUUUUUUUUAUCAUUGCAAAGAAUCUGGAGAAAUGAUGUUGUUUGUGUUCACCAGAGGGGCUUUUCUCGGUGUCAUGAGAUAGCUCUUAGAGGCUCCUCUGGUGGGCCUAGGGGCCGGGUCUUCAUCUAUCCGAAUGGGUGGGAUGUCUUCAUCCCUCAACCUCUGAAGUGACCUGUCAGCUAAGAACGUAGCUCCCAGGGCCUGUCUUCAGCCACCUCUACUCCUGGACUAGCCUCGUCAUAAGAUGCCACCUGGACACUGGCUGAGUAUUGGAGCAGCAGGCCUGGCUCCUGACCUGAACUGACACCUCAGACUCUGCAAAAGUCUGCUGGAAAUCCAAGGUCUUACUCAACAGCUGCCAGCCAGAUGGGUGUGGGCGAGGGUGGGCCAAGACAGGGUGCCUUAUAUACUUUGUUCUAGCACAUUCCAAGGUGUUUCAGGGCUUCAGCACCUGGAAUCCCAUAUGUCAAAGCCAGUAUUAAAUCAAGUUUAUGCAUUCUUCAGAAAGAUGGAGCCAGUGAACUUUAAGAUUGGUUUUGUCUAGCCUACUUGUGCACAUGAAUGUCUGUAUGUAUGAACAUGUAUGAGUCGUGUGUGUGUGUGUGUGUGUGUGUGUGUGUGUGUAAUAGAACAGGACUUCCAGCCCCUGGUAAUCAUCUUGGGUAACCCUGACCCAUGGAUUACCCUAUGUUUCCUCCAACUGGGGGUCAGGGUUCAGAGAAGAGGACCUCAUUGGAGAGAGCUGGCUGCUGACUGAGAAGGGACCCUCAUAACUGGCCUCCCCCUGGACCUGAGGCUGUGGGAAAUGGGGCAUCUGGAAUGCUGUGUCAGAAUGCCCCAGGCGUGGUACAGUCCAGACCAAGAAAAGCAUCUGCUGCUAGCUAGGAUGCUGAUGGGGACCGGGGAGGUUCCCAGGAACAGUAAUGGAUGCCUAAGACAUUGGCUUGGCACUUCAAAGAGACCACAUGGCCCCUGCUGAGCUCUUGAGUGGUACUACUCCAUCUCCUUGUGACCCUGGGCUGGGUAUUUAUUUGAAUUGUCCCUAGACAGCCUACAGGAGGUUUUUCUCCUACCCAAUUCCUAUUCAUCCUUCAAAGCCCACAGAGGUAUUGAGAACUUUGUAGUAUUCGUGUGACUCUGGGGCUAUCCUCUGCACUGCUUACUCCUUGUGCUCAUCAUCACGUACCACAGCUCAGAGCCCUGUCUGCCACUCAGGUACAUAAGCUGCUCCUGGAGGGCAGGGCUGUCUUGCUAGACCUGGCAUCAAAUCUGGUCUUUCCCACUGGCAAGGAUUUAGGCCAAUCCCCUGCCCUCUGUGGCAGAUGUCCCCAGCUAUAAAACAAAGUAAAACAGUAUCUCAUACGGGAGCUGGAGAGAUGGCUCAGCAGUUAAGAUGAUGGCUGUGCUCUUCCAGAGGACCUGGGUUUGGUUCCCAGCACUCACAUGGCAGCUCAUAACCAUCUCUAGUUCCCAUUUCAGGGGAUCUGACACCUCCUUUUGAUCUUACACCUCUGUAAGUGCCAGGCAGGCAUCUGGUGCACAGACAUAUGAAGGCAAAGCACUCACACGAAUGAAGAUAUAUAAACAAACCAACCAACAAACAAAUAAACAAAUAAAUAACAUUUGAAAUGACAGCACCAUAUAAGGUUGCAUGAAGAAAGGAAUGGAAUAAUAAAUACACAGUGGGGCUGGUGGGAUAGCUCAGAAGGUAAAGGAGCUAGCUAUCAAGCUUGAUGACUUGAGUUCAAUUCCCUGAGCCCACAGUAGGAGAGAAUGGACUUCUGCAAGCCGUCCUCUGCCUUAUAUAUCCAUCUAUCCAUCCACCAAUCCAGCCAUCCAUGCAUACACACAUACAUAUAUACAUGCAUACAUAGAUUUACGUAUACAUACAAAUACACAUAAAUAAAUAAAUAUGCAACAGCAACACCCAGCCUGGUGUUCUAAUUAGUUAUGCUAAUUAUCCACCUGGAAAGUGAGCUCUGAUAAAGAAGAUUCCUGUGCUGGAGUUUCAACCUGUUAUUGAAAAUAUUUAAUCCCAAACCGGGAUUUUAACCUGUCUUUGAUUAUUCAGUUCCCAGAUACAAGAUAUUUAUAUUUAUAAUAAGCUUUUAUUAGUACUAUUGCUGGGUAGAUCUCUACCCUGUAUGCUAUUAAAAUCUAUUUCCUA